AUGUUACUCAAGCCCGGGGAGAGGUCCUCCGUGGGCGGCUCCUGGGCAGGUAAACGGCUCAUCCGUUUUGGUGUCGCAUUUCUGCUCGUCGGCGCCUUCACUUUGUUCCUUUGGCCUCCAUUCCCUCCCAGCCACAUCCAGGCUCAGACACCCUCCGCUAAUAUCUCCAUCGCUUCCGGUAUUCACUGCGAACUCGACCUGGGCGUGCUGGAACGCCUCCAUGUCAACAAACUCGGCAGCUAUCUCCGUCGUGAGGUCAACGCCGUGACCUUGGCCGCGAACCAGGAAGUGCCCAUGAAGCAGCGCCUCGAUACCCCGUUGAUGGACCGGAAGCUGUUGGAUCCUAAUGAGCAACUUACGGAAGAGCAGUCGCAGGCCGAUUGUUCCAUGCCGCACCCUCUCACUGUCCAGGUUCCCUUGCCUCCAAAGACCGUUGACGCCUCUCAUAUCGACUUUGGUGUGGCCACCAGGGCUGAUCGCUUGAACGACUCUCUGGACCAGUUCGCUCACUGGGCUGGUUACACUCGCACCCGGAUUUUUGCUCUUGUUGAGCCCGACAAGCGCGUGCCGGAAGUCCAGGCCAAGGCAGAUAGCCUGGGUAUCAACUUGUACAUCACCGAAUCCGAUGAGGAGUACCAAAGUCGGUAUUUCUCCUUAGUCCGCCACCUCGCGAGCCAUGCGCGCGAUCAAACCCGCUGGUCCGUCGUGAUUGAUGACGACACUUUCUUCAUGUCGAUGUCAGCGUUGGUGCAAGCGCUCGAGAAGUACGACCACACGCAAAUGGUCUAUCUUGGAGGCAUUUCUGAAAGUAUUCCCCAGGUCGGGGCUUUUGGUGUCAUGGCAUUCGGCGGUGCUGGUGUUUUCCUCUCACGCCCGCUGGCGGUCGAGCUGAGCAAACCGGAAAUCUUCGAACAAUGCCAGAACAUGGAGUUUACAGGCGAUCGCCGUAUCUCCCUGUGCAUCUACCAAUACACACCCGCUAAAUUGACCAUCGAUCACCGGUUACGCCAACUCGACAUGAUGGGCGAUGUUACCGGGUUCUUCGAGACGGGACGGGAACUCCCUCUGUCGGUUCACCACUGGAAGUCAUGGUUCCACGCAGACAUGCCCAAAGUAGCUUCCAUCUCCGAACUUUGCGGAGACACCUGCUUGCUGCGACAAUGGUGGUUUGCCGACGGGUGGCUUCUGACAAACGGUUUCUCGGUCGUCAAAUACAGCACUGAUGUGGAUCCCUUUGACAAGACCAUGGAGUUGACCUGGGAAAGCCACAACGGUGCCGUGCACGAGUCGUACCUGCAUGAACUUGGACCAUUGCGACCCAAGGACUGGGACAAGAUCAGUUACUUGUUAGAAGAUGCCGUGGUGGAGGACGACCAGGUCCGACAGUUCUACAUUCAUCGAGGAGGGAAAGAUGGUGAUGAAAUUUUGGAAUUGGUAUGGCGGAAUGCAUAG